CAUCAACCUGCACCCCUCUCUCUCUCUCUCUCUCUCUCUCUCUCUCUAAUGAACGUUAGUCUCUGCGUUGCUGGCGAAUCUGGGAACCCAUCUUCUUACUUUUCACUCCUUUAAUCCUUCAAUCCUUUUUUUGCUGCGUGUUCUUGAAGAAAUGCCGUUAAAGCACACCCACCAAAAUUACUAAACACACUCACUGAGUCACUCUCUCACUUCUCCAAGCCUCCACAUUUCCGGCUGGGUUCGAGCUCCGGCUUCGGAUCGACUCGUUUUUCUGCUCCAACGGGGAAGCAGAAAGAUUGCUGAGAUUACUCUCAUAGUCCGACUUGCUAACGGAUUUCUCAACGAGCAAUACUGAUGAAGCCACAUCUAUUUUGUGGGACGGUAAUUCUCUUCCUUUUCCUUUGCCGAACGAUAGCUGACAUCGAUUCAGACAAGCAAGCCCUUCUCGAUUUUAUUUCUUCUGUUCCUCAUGGCCGAAGAGUUAACUGGGAUCCUGCUAAUCCAGUCUGCAAGUCUUGGGUUGGCAUCACUUGUACCUUGGAUGGCACCCGUGUGCUUUCUGUCCGACUUCCAGGUGCUAGACUGUUUGGUCCUAUUCCAGCAAACACUCUUGGCAGGCUCGAUGCCCUCAUGAUCCUUAGCCUUAGGUCUAAUGGCCUCAGUGGGAAUCUUCCAUCUGAUAUUUUCUCACUUCCUUCCUUACGCUACAUAUACCUUCAAAACAAUAAUCUUACAGGUAAUAUUCCCUCUUCUCUGACUCCCAGUCUUAUCUUUCUUGAUUUGUCGUCCAACUCCAUCACCGGCAACAUUCCAGCCACAAUCCAAAACUUUACGCGUCUCAGGGGGCUGAACCUCCAAAACAAUUCCCUCACUGGACCUAUUCCUGAUAUCAAAACUCCAAGGCUUAUGCAUUUGAAUUUGAGCUACAACCAACUUAAUGGUUCGAUUCCUCUUUCCCUCAAAAAAUUCCCCACUUCCUCCUUUGAAGGAAACUUGAAGUUAUGCGGCUCACCACUAAACCAUUGUUCUUCGAUCACUCCCUCGCCUUCUCCAUCCCCCAAUCUUCCACCAACAGCCCCCUUGAAAUCAAAAAAUGGAUCAAAGAGGAAACUUAGUAUAAAGGCUAUCAUCGCCAUUGCAAGUGGUGGUUUUGCAGUGUUGUUUCUCUCAGUUCUGGUGAUAGUGCUAUGCUGUUUGAAGAAAAAAGACAGCCAAGGCAGUGCUGUAGUGAAAACAAAAGGCGAACAGCCAAAAGAGGACUUUGGAAGUGGGGUGCAAGAGGCAGAGAAGAACAAGCUGGUUUUCUUUGAAGGCUCUUCUUAUAACUUUGAUCUUGAGGAUCUGCUAAGAGCUUCGGCUGAAGUCCUAGGAAAGGGGAGUUAUGGGACUACUUAUAAGGCCAUCUUGGAGGAGGGAACAACGGUGGUGGUGAAAAGGAUGAAAGAAGUGGUGGUCGGGAAAAGAGAGUUCGAACAGCAAAUGGAGAAUGCCGGGAGGAUUAGUCAGCACUCAAAUGUUGUGCCUCUUCGAGCUUAUUACUACUCCAAAGAUGAGAAACUCCUGGUAUAUGACUACAUUCCAGCUGGUAGCUUCUCAGCAUUAUUGCACGGAAACAGGGAAAGCGGACAGCAUCCACCAGACUGGGAAACCAGAUUAAAUAUCUCUCUUGGAUGUGCCAAGGGCCUUGCCCACAUCCAUUCAGCCAGUGGAGGGAAAUUCAUCCAUGGCAACGUCAAAUCCUCCAAUGUCCUCCUCAUGCAGGACCUCACCGGCAGCAUCUCAGAUUUCGGCCUAGCUCCUCUCAUGAACUUUACAGCUAUCCCUUCCAGAAGCGUGGGCUACCGAGCUCCCGAGGUUAUUGAAACUAAGAAGUCCUUUCAAAAAUCCGAUGUUUAUAGUUUUGGUGUAAUGCUCCUUGAGAUGCUGACUGGCAAAGCACCAUUACAAUCACCUGGGCGCGACGAUGUUGUUGAUCUUCCAAGAUGGGUCCAGUCUGUUGUUCGAGAGGAAUGGACAGCCGAGGUGUUUGACGUGGAGCUAAUGAGGUGUGAAAAUAUCGAAGAGGAGUUGGUACAAAUGCUUCAAAUAGCAAUGACUUGCGUGGCAACGGUGCCAGACAUGAGACCUACCAUGGAGGAAGUUGUUAGGAUGAUCGAGGACAUCCGGCCACCGGAUUCUGAGAACCGAUCAUCGUCAGAAGACAAGUCCAAGGCCUCGAGUAUCCAGACCCCACAACGGCCAGCCUCGCCGUACCUGCCGGAAUGAGCAAAGCUGUUAUAUACCAACAUUUGCAUGUUUGUUUGUAGCGUUCCAUUGUAAAAGCUUAGCCUUUUUUCAACCAAGUUUUUCCAAACAAAUGUGGCUCCGACCGAUUAAGUGGUUAUUUAUCAAUUGUAAACGUGAUUUGUUUGUACUGAAAAAUUGUUCGGACA